UGCACGCGACCGACCUACCGACGGUGGGCCGCUCCAUCACCGCCGUCCGUCACGCGCCGCCCUCCCUCCCCCUCUCUAUCCCUCUAUCCGGUUGCGUCCGGUACUCCGCCAGUGGCCCGGCGCGGCCCUAUUUAUUCGCCGCGCACGCGACGACGACCCCCACACACACCUCCUUCCUUCCCAAUUCCCAUUCCUACGGACAGGCAGACACGCAACAGCCCGGCGCGCAUCUCGCUCGGGGAGCUCCGCCGCCGAUCCGCCCGCCUCCCCCUCCCCUCACUCGCCCGCCAUGGAGGAAGCCAAGGUUGUGGAGACCAGGGAUGGGACUAUCGCAGUUGCUUCUGCGUUUCCUGGUCAUCAGGAAGCGGUACAAGAUAGGGAUCACAAGUUCUUGUCGAAAGCCGUAGAAGAGGCUUACAAAGGAGUUGACUGUGGCCAUGGAGGCCCGUUUGGCGCGGUUGUCGUCCGCAAUGAUGAAGUAAUAGUUGGUUGCCAUAACAUGGUUUUGAACAACACCGAUCCAACUGCCCAUGCUGAAGUCACUGCAAUAAGAGAGGCUUGCAAAAAGCUUGGAAAGAUUGAGCUGUCGGAUUGUGAAAUGUACGCAUCAUGUGAACCUUGCCCAAUGUGUUUUGGGGCUGUCCAUCUAUCCCGGAUCAAGAGGCUGGUGUACGGAGCCAAGGCGGAAGCUGCUAUUGCCAUUGGAUUCGACGACUUCAUUGCUGAUGCUCUGAGAGGAACUGGGUUCUACCAGAAGGCCAACAUGGAGAUUAAGCGAGCAGAUGGGAAUGGAGCUCUGCUUGCUGAACAAGUCUUUGAGAACACCAAGGAGAAAUUCCGAAUGUACUAAUGUGUAGCAAAGACAUGGUAGAAUUUCACAUCAUGAAAGACCCUGAUGCUCAGAAAAAAUAAUGUAAUUGUCAACAUUCUGUCAUUGGUGAUGGACCACAAACUAUCAAUUUAAAUAUACCAUUUGAUUCUCAGAAA